AUGAUUGAAAGCAAUGACGAUGAUUUACAAUUAUGUCCUGUGACACUUGCUGCCUUAAAUGAAUUUUUAAAAGAGAAAGAAGAAAGAGAAAAGCAAUUAAAGCACAAUUUGGAAAAUCAAACUUUAGAUAUUGCUUUUGAUGAAAACUGGCAAUUAAGCCAGUUUUGGUAUGAUGAAAAGACAGUUGAUACACUUGUAAAAGGUGCUAUAAACUGUACAGAAUCUAAUGGAAGAAUUGCUUUAAUAUCAUGUCCUACACUUUAUAGUAAACUGAAAAAAAAUGCUGGUGAACGGCAAGUUACUCUCUUUGAGUAUGAUAAACGUUUCGAAGUAUACGGCUCUGACUUUGUUCCAUACAACUAUAAAUUUCCUUCAGAUAUACCCAGAGAUAUGUCGAAUUUGUAUGAUUUAGUCAUAGCUGAUCCACCAUUUCUUUCUGAUGAAUGUUUGACAAAAACUGCUCUUACAAUACAGUUCUUAACCAAGAAAAAGAUUGUCCUUUGUACAGGUGCUAUUAUGGGUGAAUUAGCAGAAAGAUUAUUGGAUGUUAAGAUUUGCAAUUUUAUACCCCAUCAUCAAAAUAAUCUUGCAAAUGAAUUCUACUGUUAUUCGAAUUUCGAUUUUGAUAAAAUGUUAUGCUGA